UUUUGUAUUUUUACGUAAUAAAAAUUGGUACGAAAAAAUGUGGACGGCCAUUUUUUUAUUCGUCACUUGCGCAUUGUUAACGGCUAACGGAAAAAUCAGUUCCGAAUUCAUCGUAGAUUACUACGAUCACAAAAAUAUCAAACAAAUCGUCGUGUUUGCCUGCUGGAAUGAUUCUGAAAUCAUGGACUACUACCGACUUGUUGCAAAAAACGGUUUAGGUAGUUCCUACAUCGCGAUCGCAGAUGACGCAGAUAUGAAUAAAAUCUUACGCGUUAAUUACUACAAGAUCGGAAUUGUCCUCGAUAUGGAUUGUCCUGAAAGCGACGUCAUUUUCAAACUAGUGACGGCCAAAUUACCGUUCAACGAGUCGUACAACUGGCUCUCUGUAAAAUCGGCAUCAGAAGUACCAGUGGCAGAGCUCAGCAAGCUCUCACUGGCGGUGGAUUCCGAGCUGACUCUCGCUCUAAUGGAAAAAUCUCAUUGUGCUCUCUAUGAUGUAUUUUCGCACAGCACUCGUCACGGAAGUACACUUAAUGUUACCUCAAUGGGAAAUUGGGACAGCGUGAACGGUUUGAUCGUUCACUUGAGACAGUACAAAUAUAACAGGCGACAAGAUUUCAACGGGAUGUCCUUAAAUUUUUCAGUUGCCCUCACCUCGGAGCCAAAACCUGAUUUGGAAACGUACCUAUCGGUACCGGUUAACCCUCACAUCGACACUAUGAGUCGAUUUCACUACAACAUCAUUCUCCAGUUGCGGGACUAUUACAAUUUUAAAAUAAACCUCUCGAGAACUAAUUCCUGGGGCUACCUUGUGAAUGGAUCUUUCAAUGGGAUUCUCGGGGAUAUGGUAAAAGGUGUCGUCGACAUUAGCGCAUCGCCUUUGUAUUACAAAAAGGAAAGAAUGGACGUCUGUGAUUACACCGUGGAAACGUACACCGUCAAAACCUGCUUCAUCUUCAGACAUCCCAAGAAGAAUACCCUUAGAAAUCCUUUUCUCAAACCUUUUACUCAAAGUGUCUGGUUGUUGUCCUUGAAUGUUGGCAUAGUUUGCUGGAUUAUGUUGAUAGUAGUCCUUAAAGUAGAAGAUCAUUACAACUCGGACGAAACGCGUAAAGUUCACGUCAACCCAUCCUCGGAAACGGCACUCAUUACCAUAGCCGCGGUAUCCCAGCAAGGUACCAGCAACGAGCUGCAGCUGUACUCCGGACGCAUUAUUUUCCUUACUCUCUUUCUCUGGGCUCUGGUGAUGUUCCAGUUCUACUCUGCUGACAUAGUCGGCUCAUUGAUCGCUGCACCUCCCAGAUACAUAGUUACCCUGAGAGAUUUGGUUGACAGCGAUUUACACUUGGCGGCUGAAGACAUCCCUUACACUCGUGACUAUUUCAGGUUAACCAAAGAUCCUUCGAGCGUCUACCUAUGGGAAAAAAAACUCAAGCCUUCGAGAAAGAAGAAAACUUUUGUCAACUCCCGCGAUGGUCUGCACCAAGUGAGUCUCGGUGGCUACGGAUUUUUCAUCGAUACCGCAACUGCUUACAAAACCAUAGAGGAUACUUUCACCCAAGCUCAAAUCUGCGACUUGUCGGAGAUCCCAGUGAUCCCCCCGCAGUACGUGACUCUGGUCACAGCGAAAAACUCGCCCUUUAGAAAAAUGAUAACAUACGGGCUUCGAAAGAUUGUGGAGCACGGUCUGGUAAGCCGUAACGCGCACGUCUGGCGGACUCGGAAGCCCAGUUGCCCAGAGAGCUUUCUCUCUCAGCCGGUGCCGGUCGAGCUCAAAGAGUCCAGCCCAGCGCUGUUUCUUGUGGCUGCCGGUCUCGUCCUCGCCAUCGCCGUCAUGGCAACCGAGCGACUUACGGUGAUGUGGUACCAACGGCGUCUGGGAAGAUCUGCCGUUGGCAUUGGUGUUCUAAAGAGUACGCCUGCUUCCGAACCAACAGACGUACCUGCAUCUACUUAAAGCACGGAAGAGGCUUGACACUAGAGCUCCACUUUUGGUGCCAUAGUAGCACAAUAGAUGUGACUUUUGUGCUUAUUCAUACGUUUCAAAUCUU